CGCGGAGCGCGCGAACUUGAGGAGGAAGGAAUGCCUCCAGCGCGCAAGCGCAGAACCUCUCGCGUCGCGGCUGCCGGCAACGCCCAGCGCGGAAGAGGGAAGUGAGGGCUCCAGCCGCUAGGUCCUGCCGGGCUGGGCUACCUGAGAGACGCUGCAUCGGAAGGAGGUCCUAGUUGUCCGCGCGGCUCCGGGAUGUCCAAGAACACGGUGUCGUCGGCUCGGUUCCGGAAGGUGGACGUAGAUGAGUAUGACGAGAACAAGUUCGUCGAUGAGGAAGACGGCGGCGACGGGCAGGCCGGGCCGGACGAGGGCGAGGUGGAUUCCUGCUUGCGGCAAGGAAACAUGACAGCAGCCCUACAGGCAGCUCUGAAAAACCCCCCUAUCAACACCAAGAGUCAAGCAGUAAAGGAUCGAGCGGGCAGCAUUGUUUUGAAGGUCCUCAUUUCCUUUAAAGCUAAUGAUAUUGAAAAGGCAGUUCAAUCCCUGGACAAGAGUGGAGUGGAUCUCUUAAUGAAGUAUAUUUAUAAAGGCUUUGAGAGUCCCUCUGACAAUAGCAGUGCUGUGUUACUACAGUGGCAUGAAAAGGCACUUGCUGCAGGAGGAGUAGGGUCCAUUGUUCGGGUUUUGACCGCAAGGAAAACUGUGUAAUCCAGUCUAAAGCUGGUUAUCUCUGUGGGUGUGGGAGUUGCUGGUACAAAGACCAAAACAACCAAAUGCCACCACUGCCCUUUGGGUAGCAUCUGUAUGUCUCAGCUUUGCCUUCUUGUUUCUUCCUUUUUCCUAUUUGUAAAGAAGAAAAUGGCAUAACGGUUUUGCUUUGAUGAAAAUUGGGAUAAUUUAGAGAAAAUAUUCCAACAGGGGUGUUUCAUGUUCUCAAAAGUAUUGCAAUGAUGUGUAUAUCAGUCUGUAUGUAAUAUAAUUUACAUCAAAUUUAAUUGUGCAAUUUUUUAACCGACCCCUGUGACUGGUGUCUUGGGGGAUUAGGUUUGGUUUUUGUCGUAAUUGUUUUUGUUUUGUUUUUCACUAAUAGAAAUUUGGUCAGAAUUUUGAGACCAGUUUCCUAAGUCUUUGCUAGCCAGGAAAUGAUCUUGAUAAAAAAUCUGUUGGAGAGACUGGCAGCUAUUUACAUUGCAAAACUGGACCAUACUUCCCAUGUUUAGAUGAAAUGUGCUUCUGGAGCAGGUGAUCCAUGAGCACUUUGCCAGGUUCUGACUUGCUAGCCUCCCAAUUAUGUGAGUUUCAAAUAUGCUUCUUCCUCUCAGCAUCCAAUAAUCAUGACUUCUCAAUUUCCUGUGGUCUCCCAGGUUCCAGAGCAAUGUGUUUUGCUCUGCUUGAUAUAUCUCUAAACUACCAGAGCCUGUUUGGCAUAAAUAUAAAACUUACAUUCCAAUCACAUGGGCCAUUAAGGGGAACUGCUCCAUAUCAAGAAAGCACAUGGAAAUAGUGAUAGAAUUCAAACUCUGGGCAGCCUCUGAAUGAAAUGCUAUUUUCUUUAGAAAUAUAGUGACUGCCUUAGAUGUAAUGAGUUAUAUUACUAGUAUUUAAUAUGCCCUAUCAAGGUCUUCAGUGUUCUUCGGGGUAAUUGGGAUCGCAAAAGAUUCAGAUCCAGAUAUACACAUUCUGUAUUUUAAAGCUCAGUGUUUUUUUAAAAAAAAGAAAAUGCCAACAGCAAAAAGUGUUUACUUUGUAGGACAGACCAUAUCAGUUCUCAAAAAUGACCGGUGCUUAUAAAAAAA